UUUUUGGUUUUUGUGGCCAAACGGUGUGAUCGAUUUUUACCAAUUGUUUCGUGCUGCGUCCCCUUCCUACAAGUAACUUACAUACCAAAUUUCAAGUUUCUAGCUUUUAUCGUUCUCGAGAUAUGCUGUUUACAGACAGACAAACACACACACUCACGACCCAAUGGCCCAAACCAACUUUUUCGGUGUCUUAAAGCUAUAAUUCGUCCAGAAAUGUAAAAAUCUGGGUAGGUCAAAUUUCAGCCGAUUACAAUACUUUCCUUAUGGGAUAAGGAAAGUAAAAAUUAUACCAUUAACACUGUGCUGCAAAAUUUUUAUUUUUUAUUGUCAAGUUUUUGACUUAAAUUUACUUACGGCAAUAUAAUGAAAACACUAGUGAAAGUAGGAGUAUAAUAAGUAAAAAUAGAUCUUCUUUGAAUUUGUACUUAUACGAUAUGUAAAUAAUGCCCUUCUCAGUUGAUUUUUUGUUCAGACUUAUUUAUAUUUCAGAUAAAGCUAACAAUUUUAAGUAAUCCAGUUGAAUAUUUAUUUUUGUAGCACAGUGACAAUUGAUGGAUUGUAGUAUUGCAUGAGCGUUGUAUUUUAGAAUGUUUGAAGCUGAAGUUUGUUAGAUUACACUAAUCGCAACGCAUGUGUUAGACUACAAUUCAAAACAAUUUGCCAAGAAUUUAAUGGAAUUUAUACAGACACAAAACUUAUGUUUUUGCAUAUUUUUAUGUUCAUUUUAUUUUUCCAUUACUAGAGUAAUGAUGUUUGUGAAUUACAAUUCCAAUUAUCUCCAUCCUGUGAUAACAAAAAUUAGCAGAAAUAUUUAAUCCAAAACUGUAAAUAGAAAAUGCUCUAAAUUAUUUUAGAAAAGUUCAUUUAAUCACUGUUAAUGAAAAAUAAGUUUUUGAUAACAUGUUAAAAGUUCAACAAUUCAACGUUUAAUUUAUAAUAAUAUGACUAUUUUCCUCUUAGAAACCUUAUUUAGUUCCAGAAUUGGUUCAUGUUGAUAAAUAUAAUAUUUGUUAAGUCCUCAGAUAUGUUUUUUUUUUGUUGCUGUAAUAGAUAACACCUUGUCGUGAUAACACGUUUCGAGAAACGUGACUUAUCUCUUACAUCUGUCUAGUUCUUAAGUGUACCUAUAAUUAGCAUGUAUAAAUUUUGGUCAAUAGCUUAUUAAUCGAUUUUUAUUUUUUAUCUAAUUCUGUAUUAAUUUGGUUGUAAUUUUAGACCCGAACCAGGAUGUAUGGCAACGAGGACCCCAGUGUCAAAGGAUUUGACUUUUCAGAUAAAAGUAUCCGCCGUGGUUUCAUUCGCAAAGUCUAUUCAAUUUUGAUGGUUCAGCUAUCGAUAUCUCUUGGAUUUAUCGCUUGGUUCUUAUUUCACACACCGACGAGAAAGUUUGUCCAGGGCCAUGGCGAAUUGUUAAUAAUUUCUCUAGUCAUCAUCUUCGUUACUAUGAUUGCACUCGCUUGCUGCGGGGAAGUACGAAGAAAAUCGCCCAUGAAUUACAUUUUCCUUUUCAUUUUCACUCUUGCUGAAUCAUUUGUGCUUGCAGUAUGUUCUUCAACAUAUGAAUCUCAAGAAGUCAUGAUGGCAGUUGGUAUCACUGCCGCUGUUUGUCUCGGGCUAACUUUGUUUGCAUUCCAAACGAAAUACGAUUUUACAAUGUGUGGAGGAAUACUUUUUGUUGCCGUCCUGAUUCUAUUUAUUUUCGGAAUUGUUACCAUUUUUGUUCAUACCAAAGUUGUAAAGUUGGUUUAUGCAUCUUUGGGGGCUUUGAUUUUCUCCAUUUAUUUAGUUUAUGACACGCAGCUCAUGUUGGGUGGCAACCACAAGUAUUCCAUCUCACCAGAAGAAUAUGUUUUCGCCGCAUUGAAUUUGUACAUCGACGUUAUUAAUAUUUUCAUGUACAUUUUAACAAUUAUUGGAACUUCAAGGGAUUAGAAGUAGUGGGUUUUAUUUUUUCAAAUGUUGUAUUUUGUUGUUGUGUUACGUAAGAAUUGCGAUUUUGUUUGACAGAGUAUUAAUAAAUUCACCUCUAUUUUUUAAAUAUUCUUGAAUAAUCUAAGUAGAUUUUAGACGAUUUCCAAAGCCAGUGGUUCUUUAAUUAUUGUUAAUUGUAGCGAAACCACUAUUACGAAAGCUUCUACUUACUCAAAGAACCCAAAAGUGUUAUGAAUGUGAUGAAUUACUAUUACCUUGAUAAUAAUACAAAAAUCCUUCGUUUAUUGUAGUAUUUAUAACAUGUAAGUAUAAAGAUUAGGUAAAUAACUAUAGUUUUUGGUGAUUACUCGUUUUACUGUAAUCCUUAUGUAUAGGAAAUAAAUGCACUGAAAUAUUGAUAUUGCCCUAACA